UUACUUCAAGGGCCGGCCUGCCCUACCUACCACGUCUACAAAUCUGCGCCGAGUAUCCAGUGCAAGUCUCUGCCCCACUACUGUAUUUCACACAGGCGCAGAAUUUUGUGGUAAACUUUUGGAAAAGGAUUUUCACAAAAGCUUUAAAAAACUGCGCAGAAAUGCUCCGCUUCACGGCGAAGAUGAUUUUCCUUGCUUUCCUGGUGACUUUUGUGGCGUGUAAUGCUCCGCCGGUUCCGUUAGACGACAUCAUCAUAGAGAAAACUUUUACCCCUGAACGAUGCGACCGGGCCGUCAAAUCCGGCGACUUCGUCCGCUAUCACUACAAUGGCAUGUUUCCUGAUGGCAAGAAAUUCGAUUCAAGUUAUGAUCGUGGCACCACAUACAAUGUGUUUGUUGGAAAAAAGCAGCUGAUUGCCGGGAUGGACAAAGCUUUGCUGGGAAUGUGCGUGAAUGAGAGAAGCCUUGUUAAAGUCCCUCCACAACUUGCCUAUGGGAAGAAUGGAUAUGGGGAUAGCAUCCCCCCAGAUUCAGUGCUGCACUUUGAUGUGCUGUUGCUGGAUAUCUGGAAUACAGAGGACAAGUUACAGAUUCAGACCUAUCACACGCCAGAGAAGUGUGGCCGAACUGUGCAGGUCUCUGAUUACGUGCGCUACCACUACAAUGGCACUCUGCUUGAUGGGACGCUUUUUGACUCCAGUCACACACGUAUGAAGACCUAUGACACGUAUGUGGGAAUUGGCUGGCUCAUCGCUGGUAUGGACCAAGGUCUUUUGGGAAUGUGCGUAGGAGAGAAGCGAAUCAUAACCAUGCCCCCCUCCCUUGGCUAUGGCGAGCAUGGAGACGGAAGUGAUAUUCCUGGUCAGGCUUCCUUGGUGUUUGAUGUGGUUCUGUUAGACCUUCAUAACCCGAAAGAUGAGAUCACAGUUGAGGUGCAGAGUCUCCCAGAAUCCUGCAGUCGCAAAAGUGGUGAAGGAGACUUUAUGCGCUAUCACUACAAUGGUACACUGUUGGAUGGUACUUUGUUUGACUCUAGCUAUUCAAGGAAUCACACAUAUGAUACAUACAUCGGAAAAGGCUACGUGAUUGCUGGGAUGGACCAGGGCCUGCUGGGUGUGUGUGUGGGAGAGCGCAGAAAAAUUAUCAUCCCACCACACCUUGCAUAUGGAGAGGAGGGAACAGGUACUAAAAUCCCCGGGUCUGCUGUACUGGUGUUUGACGUUCACAUCAUUGAUUUCCACAACCCAUCUGACACAGUUCAGAUCACCAGCCAGAAGCCAGAGAAGUGCAGUUACCUUACCAAACGUGGUGACUUUGUAAAAUACCACUACAAUGCCACACUUAUGGAUGGCACCUCUAUCGAUUCCUCAUAUAACUAUGGGAAGACAUACAAUGUUGUUCUAGGAACUGGGCAGGUGAUUUUGGGUAUGGAGCAGGGCCUGCUGGAAAUGUGUGUGGGGGAGAAACGUAGAUUGGUUGUGCCUCCUCACCUGGGCUAUGGAGAAAGAGGAGUGGAGGGAGAGGUUCCUGGCAGUGCAGUGCUGAUUUUUGAUAUCGAGAUGGUAAACGUUGAAGAGGGUCUUCCUGAGGGCUACAUGUUUGUAUGGAAUGAGGAUGUGUCACCUGACCUCUUCAGUGAAAUGGACAAAAACAAAGACUUAAAAGUGGAUGCCAGCGAGUUUUCAGAGUACAUCUUGCACCAGGUGGAUGAAGGUAAAGGUCGUCUGGCCCCUGGAUUUGACGCUAACAAAAUAAUUGAGAACAUGUAUAGCAAUCAGGACCGCAACAAGGAUGGGCUGAUUACUGAAGAUGAGUUUAAACUGAAGGCAGAUGAAGCAGCUCAUGAUGAGCUAUGAUGUCACUCUCAGGGAUAAGCGGAAUAGGAUUGGAUGUGUGUUUUUAUAUUGGGUGGGAGGGAAUACAAUAAUGAUAAUAAUAAUUAUAAUUGUUAUUAUUAUAAUGUUUGGCAGUGUUUGGGAUGACUGUUGAUGUGUAUGUGAAAGAGUGUUGUGUGUGUGUGUGUGAAUGAGUGUAAAUGGUUGGUGUGUGUUUAAGAUAUUAAAACCUUUGUAACACAUGUAACAGUGCUGAAAAUAAUAAAUGUGAUGUUUUACCAAUUUAACAAGACACAUUCCCAACUAAAACUGCUUUAGUAUGGGUUUAACAUGGAAAAUUUUAUCAUACCAGAGAUCAGUGUGCAUGCUGACAGAGGUAGGGGUAACAGCCAAAGAGCCACGGUAUCCAACAGAACUUAGGAAGUCUUUUUAAACAUUAAUAACAAUAAGGAGAAUUGUUUAUAUUGUUUAUAAAAGAGCAUUAUGAAGAAAAACAUUGCUCUCAAAAACUGCUGCACAUCUCAAAAUUGCAAAGAACUAUCUGACUCUUGUUUUUAAUGUUUAAUGUCUCUACAACAAUAUUUACUAUUGAUGGCAGAUGAGUGUUUUGGCAAAUAUGCAAUGUCAGGACUAGGGGUAUCUCAAAUUGAAGUGAAACCCUACAUACACAAGACAUUAUAAAAUGAAUUUUAAAUAAAAAUAUACAAAACCA